ACGAGAUUUAAAAUGACGCUGCAAUGCCGAGUCUGCGGGGGCGUCAUCUACAAUACGAAUGCCAAAAAUCUAUUCCAGAAGAAGAACUCUAAGCUGUUGCUGAACAUCCAAUUAGUGUCUGGGAUCUUGCUCAUAAAUGAUCCGGAGCUUCCCAGUUGCAUAUGUGCGGGUUGUUUACACGACUUAUGUCAGGCCAUCGCGUUCAGAAAUCUCUGCAUCGAGACUCAGGAGAACUUGCUGCAGAAUCGCAGCAGGUCUCCUACGGAGUUGGCGACGGACUAUUACGAGGACACAGAAAUUAAGCAUGAGAUUGAAAUGGAUAAUGAGCUUGCCAUGUCGUCGGGUGAUCUAGACGAUUCUUUUCAAAAUAUUGAUGACUUGCUCGAGGAGUUCCCAGAUAAUGAUGCCGACGAUCCACCAGACAAAAAUAUUGAUGAGGUGGAUGAGGACACUGCACAGGAUGCAGACACUCUGAUUACGAUUCUGAGGAAAGAGCUUGACAGCAUUUAUGAUAGCAGUGAUGACGAAAACGGGCUCAACGAAUUAAUAGAAUUCUCUGACAACAACUCAAACGGCAGAUCCUCUCCAACCAGCAUAGCUUCCAACAAUGUGUCCCCUCCGCCGGCUACCAAAACAAAGAAAAGAGGACGACCAAAGAAAGUGGCAACUGCAAUUCCUUCUAGAAGAGCCAAGAAACAAUAUACGACUUGGAAAAAUUUGACAGAGGAGGAGAUAAUCGAAAGAAAGCGGCAGCAGCGUCGCCGUGAUUGUGUCUGCGAGCAGUGCGGCAGGCACUUCACCGAUCAGAGCAACUUCAAAUUGCACAUGCUGAGGCAUACGGGCAUAAAGAAAUUUGCAUGCCAGGACUGUGGUAAAAAGUACUACACCGAUCAUUUGCUGUCGCUCCACCAAAGAAUCGUUCACAGAGGAGAAAAGCCCUAUGCCUGUAAAUAUUGCGGCAAGAGUUUUCACAAUAGCACAACCCGCGUAAUACACGAGCGAAUUCAUACAAAUGCCCGACCGUAUGCCUGUAGCUAUUGCAAUAAAUGUUUCAGCUCGGCUUCUGGUCGCAAGCGGCAUGAGCUAACACACACUGACGUGAGGGCGUUUUAUUGCGCCACCUGCGAUCAAACUUUCCAGCGCAAUACACACUUAAAAGCUCAUCUUCAGUCCAAGAUUCAUGUCAUGAGAGCAAAACAAAAGGAGCUCGAUUAAAAGAUUAAAAGCAGGGGUCACAGAUGAGAGUGUGUUAAUGUGUUAUUUUUGACAAGGUAUCCUUUAACAUGUAAACUUUUAAUAGCACGGUUUUAUUAUAUGUUCUUCUUUCUUGA